AUGGCCCACAUAUCAGAUAUUAAACUGAUAAGAACAGAUACUACACUUGAUCUUAGCCAAAAGGCCGAGAAAGGUAUGAUUUGGACGAUGGGCGGAGCUUCUUAUUUAUACUACAAUGCUUAUGACCACGGCUCUCUAACUUGUCGAUGUGGGACUUUACUCAUUGCAUCGUCAGGAGGUAAAUACAAUCCCAUCCGUACGUUUUCUUCUCACCAAAUCCUUGAAGCUACAAACAACUUCGACUGGAGCUAUGCAAUCGGUGUAGACAGAUUCGUGUGGUACAAAGGUACGAUUGAAAACAGAGCCGUGCUGAUCAAGUACUAUAAAGGUGAACCCUUUAACUUUGACCCUGACAACUUUUACCGUGAUAUUGCGGUUUCAUCGAUGAUGAGCAGCCAUAAGAAUGUUCUCAAGCUCUUGGGGUGUUGUCUAGAGUUUCCUCGUCCGGUUCUCGUGUGUGAAUACCCAGAAAAGGGAGCUCUUGCCUAUAUAGGAGGUGCGGGGGAGGUAAUCAAGCCAUUGGCUUGGAGUGUAAGAUUGAAGAUCGCUAAGGAGAUUGCAGAUGCUGUAACGUAUCUGCAUACUGAAUUCCCUAGGACUAUAAUCCAUAGGGAUUUAAAGCUUACAAAUAUUUUCUUGGACGAGAAUUGGACCGCUAAGCUCUCUUCUUUCAGCCUCAGCAUACCAAUUCCAGAGGGAGAGUUGGGGGUAGAAGAUAUCGUUUGCGGGACACAAGGCUUUGGAGAGCCCCACUAUAUGGAAAACAUGGAUUCUAUCAAGAACCGGCUAAUGGUGACAGUUAUAACAUGAUUCUGUUGCCUGAUUAUGUUGAGAAGUGUUUGGGGCGAGGACCGUUAGCUAAACUGAUAGACCCAUCGAUGUUAAACAGUACCGAUGACGACAUUCCUGAUCAUUCAAAACUGCAAAUGGAAGCAUUUGUUAAUCUUGCAUUGAGAUGUGUUGGAUUCAGAUCAGGAGAAACCAAGCUUCAUAUGAUAGAUGUUGCAAAAGAACUCAAGCGGAUACAAAAACAGACCUGACCGCAAACCUGGUGAGACUGAUCAGAUCUAUCAUCUAUCUAUUAUUAUGUAUUCUUAGUAGUAAAAACUUGUUAUGAUCUUCUCGUUUUUUAGCUUCUUUACUAUUUAUGUUGUAUGUAAGAUUCUGAGUUUCAUCAUUCAUAAUGCAAGGAUUGUUUACUUAAGCUACACAUAAUCUAAGCAAAUGUAAUAAAACUUUCAUAGAGACUAUAUCAGAACAGAGAAUCUCUAACUGAUGUCUGAAUCCACUUGAGUUCUUUAAGCUACUUCGA